AUGGCGUCGACCUUCCCAACGAACCAGGCCAUUGUCGUGGGAGGCGGACUUGGAGGCAUGUCGGCCGCGAACUCCGUGGUGGAGAGCGGAGGGCGAGUGGUUUUGUUGGACAAGUCCUCCUUCUGCGGCGGAAACAGCACGAAGGCCACCUCUGGCAUCAACGGGGCAGGCACCAAGACGCAGAAGGCCAAGGGCAUCCCCGACAACGCGGACAUUUUCACGCAGGACACGCUGAAGGGCGGCGCCAAGAAGCCGGAGCUCGCGAAGCUGCUGUGUGUGAACAGCGCUGCAGAUGUAGACUGGCUGGUGGAGAAGUUCAACCUGGAUCUGUCCCUGGUGGCACGCCUGGGUGGCCACUCGCAGCCCCGCACCCACAGAGGCAAGGAGCGAUUCCCUGGCAUGACCAUCACCUACGCCCUGAUCCAGAUGUUGGAGAAGGUGGCUGAGAAGACGGACCUGGCGCGCAUCAUCACCAAGGCCAAGGUCUUCAAGCUGGUGACGGAGGGCAAGGUCUGCGUGGGCUGCGUCUACGAGAAGGGCGGCCAGAACUUCCAGGAGUUCGGGCCCGUGAUUUUGGCCUCCGGCGGCUUCGGCGCCGACUUCACCAGCAACUCCCUGCUGGCGCAGUACCGGCCGGACCUGCUGCACUUGCCCACCACCAACGGUGAGCACUGCACCGGCGACGGCAUCAAGAUGGGCGAGGCCAUUGGUGCGAAGAGCAUCGACUUGGAGUGGGUCCAGGUGCACCCCACCGGCCUCGUCAAGCCGGAUGAUGCGGAUGCCAAGAUCAAGUUCCUGGCGGCCGAGGCUCUGCGUGGAGUGGGCGGCAUCAUCCUCAACGCCGAGGGCAAGCGCUUCUGCAACGAGCUGGGUCGCCGCGACUAUGUCACUGGCGAGAUGUGGAAGAGCAAGCCCCCCUUCAGGCUCUGCCUGAACAAGGCAUCCUCGGAUGAGAUCAUCUGGCACUGCAAGCACUACACCGGCCGGGGGGUGAUGAAGUCCUAUUCCAGCGGCGAGGAGCUUGCCAAGGACAUGGGCGUGCCGCUCUCUGUGAUCGAGCAGACGCACGAGGAGCACUAUGCCGCGGCAAAGAAGACGGAGAAGGAUCCGGAUGGCGGUUCUUGGCCUGCUUACCCGUCUGGUAAGUCCUGGGAUGAGGCCAGCGGAAAGACUGGCAGUGGCAAGAAGUUCUACCACAACAUCAUCCCUGGCUCAGCUGUGAAGAGCGAGCCUUUCUAUGUAGCCAUCAUUACGCCCGUGAUUCACUACUGCAUGGGCGGUCUGCUCAUCGACACUGACUCUGCGUGCGUUGGCCCGAACAACACCGCCAUUCCUGGUCUGUAUGCUGCUGGUGAGGUUGCAGGCGGCGUCCACGGCAAUAACCGCCUGGGUGGCAACUCGUUGUUGGACUGCGUGGUCUUUGGCCGUGUGGCCGGCACGGCGGCUGCCAAGUACAUGCUGGGCUCUGACAUGAAGGAUGUGGAUCUUAAGCAGAUCACGGGCGGUGGCUUGACGGGUGCAGUGGAGAGCUCCAAGUUGGCGGGAGGCUCCUACGAGGACAAGAUGAACAAUGCUGCUGCUGCAGGAGGGGCAGCAGCUGCCGGUGGCGGCGGCGGCGGUGGUGGCGGCUACAGCAUGGCAGAGGUGGCCAAGCACACCACCAAGAGCGAUUGCUGGGUCGUCGUUUCCGGCCAGGUGCUCGAUGUGACCAGCUUCUUGGGAGAGCAUCCGGGCGGCGAGCUCGCUAUUCUGACUUUCGCAGGCAAGGAUGCCACGGAGGAGUUCAACAUGAUCCAUCCUCCUGAUGUGAUUGGCAAGUAUGCUCCGGACUCCGUGAUCGGCAUGAUUGGCGGUGGCGGCGGUGGCGGGGCAGUUGCCGGAGCACCUGCAGCAGGUGGUGGCGGUGGAGGUGGCAUCACCUUGGAGGAGGUGUCCAAACACAACAGCAAGACGGACUGCUGGGUUGUUGUGGAUGGGCAGGUCUUGGACGUCACCUCCUUCCUCUCAGAGCACCCGGGCGGGGAGUUGGCCAUUUUGACCUUCGCAGGAAAGGACGCGACGGAGGAGUUCAACAUGAUCCACCCGCCGGAUGUGAUCGGCAAGUACGCCCCGGACGCGGUCAUCGGCAAGGUGGGCACUGGGGCCCCUGCCGCCGUGCCGGCGGCCAGCGGCGGCGCGGCGGCGCCGCUGCUGGAGAAGGGCGGACACAAGGCCAAGGAUUGGUCCCGAGCCGAGAAGAACCGGGAGAUGCGCAUGAAGGGCGAGGGCAAGAUCCCCGGCUGGUUCGGCGCCCUCUUCUACAUGGUCUUGGGAUUCAUGAAGGAGAUCCUUUUCACCAUCGUGCCGCAGAAGAACAUCACCUUCAACGGCGACCGCGUGGGCCUGACCCGCUCAGCGAUGUUCCUCUUCAUCUUCAUCAUUAUCCAUGCUGUGGGGAACCUCCACGUGUUCCUGGGCCCUGAUGACUUCAACGGCUAUGGCUACUUCUAUGUGCGCCUCUACUGGACUGGUUUUGGUUUGCAGGCCAACAUCGUGGAGGAGUACAUUCUGCUCGCCGCUCUGCUGCACGUCUUUGUGGCCUUGAAGAGGACCUGGGACAUCAGCAUCAACUACUCCGUCGCCUCGGGCAAGCUGAACUUGGCCUUCUCCGGCGUCACGCUGCUGACCUUCAUGAUGAUCCACCUCUACCAGUUCCGCUUCGGCGACACGCAUCCCUGGAAGUUGUGCCCUCCUCCGUACCUGCUGAACCUGAAGACCCUCCUGGAGCUGCGGCUGAACCUCUUCUGGGUGGACGAUCCCGGCUGCAAGGCCGUGUACGUGCGCGACAUCUACCGAAUGGAGUUCGAGGUCUUCCAGUCGCUGGGUUGGUGCCUCUUCUACAUCGCCGCAGUCAUCGUUUUCAGCACUCACAUGUGCCUUGGCUGGCAGAAGGUCGUGCCGGCGCCUGCCUUGGAGAUCCCCAAGAAGCACCAGAGCAGGGCCAUCCACAUGGGCUACGUCUUCACCAUUUUCAUCGCCCUGGUCUAUGCCAGCUUCCCGCUCUACGCCCACCUCUUCAGCAUGUCGGGCGGCAGCUUGAGCACUGAGCCAAAGCAGCCGGCCUAG